AUGGCCGUCCUCCGGCCCAUCACAGCCCUGACGGCUCUCCUUCUCCUCCCCUUCACAACCCUUGCCCAGAACGCGACGUCGAACCGCACCUAUGACUACAUAGUCAUUGGUUCCGGUCCCGGCGGUGGGCCUUUAGCCUGCAACCUCGCGCACGCAGGCCACUCGACCCUCCUCAUCGAGGCAGGCGACGACCAGUCCUCUGACAUACGCACCAUCAUCGCCAACGGCGGAUACGUCGUCACGCCCACCAACGGCUAG